GGACAGGUUGUCACUCAGUAUCUUAUGCUUCCCUGCCUGCCUUGGAAUUGAUUUUUCGCUCACCUCUCGCUCAACCCAUCAACUCUCCGUACACCAUGGCCUUCGCUGGAAAGUGGGAAACUGAGACCCAGGAGGGAUACGAAGAAUUCUGCAAGCUCGUUGGCAUCCCUGAUGACAUCAUUGAGAAGGGUCGCGACUACAAACUCAUCACUGAGGUGGUGCAGAACGGCAAUGAGUUCUCAUGGUCCCAGCUCUAUCCCACAAACAAGAGCGUCACCAACACGUUUGUGAUUGACCAGGAAUGUGACAUGGAGACCAUCGGUGGGAAAAAGUUCAAGGCCACUGUUACAAUGGAGGGGGGCAAGCUGAACACGAAAUUCCCCAAAUACCACCACACAUCUGAAAUCAGCGGAGGAAAACUGAUUGAGACCUCUACAGUGGGCUCGGUCGUGUUGAAAAGAACCAGCAAGAAGAUCUAAAGAUAUUGUGUCGGUGUUAUUAACAACAACUCUAAUUGAAUAAUGAGUCAAUAAACGGAGACUGCACUGGCCAACGUGUUGCCUUUGUCUUAAUGUCUUUCUUACGCUUGAUGACAUUUGCCAUGUAUAUCGGGCACGGGGGAAAACCUCAGUCUUGCCAAAUGUCACUACGUUUAUCCUGGGACAACCACUGGGGGGGGAAUCUGUCUUUAAACACAAUACAAAAUAUACAGUAGUAGUAACUUUAGACUAUUUGAAAGGUUGAAAUAAGUCUUUAUCAAGAUUCGCUAGAAAUGUUCAAACCCUAUAACAUCAAGAAUAAACAGUGUGUAGAAACGAGUUUGAUUCUCAUUCCACUAUGACAGAUGUACAUUGUUGAGUUUUAGUAUUAAACAUUAACAAGCAAUC